GGGGGGGGGGUUUCACUGUUUUGGUGUUGUUUUGUUUUUUUUUUUUUAUUUUUUUUUUUUGGACUGCCCCCGCUCCGCGCUGCGAACUCGGGCCAAGUGUGGGGGAGCGGGGCGCAGCCGGGCGGCUCCCCCCGGCGCCUCCUCGCCCAAGUGAGCCUCGGACUACUUCCCGGGAAGAGCCGGCUCGCCCAGCGUCCAGCACCUUUGCCACUUCUCCUCCUCCUCUUCCUCCUCCCCCCCGGCCCUCCCGUCCUCCUCCCUCACCCAAGGAUACUGGGGACUCCCUCCGGAUGCCGCUCGGCAGGCUCAGCGCUCGCAGGCUGCCUUGCCGGGGGCUCUCCUGAUCUCCGUGGAGCUCCGCAUCGCUCGCCCCGGUGGUUUUGCUCCCCACCGUCCCCGCACACACGCACCCCUUCCCUCCUCUUCCCCCCCACCCCCACCCCCCUUUUCGCUCCUGGUGGCCUUGUCGGGUGUGUUUUUUGCCUGUUGGAAAAGUCCCUGCUGGCCAGGAUGGGGGUCGGUGGGUGCUUAGCCCUGCCCUGGAGGUGCCUAGUCGUCCUCUGUCUCAGGCUGCUCUUCCUUGUGCCCGCAGGAGUGCCCGUGCGCAGCGGAGAUGCCACCUUCCCCAAAGCUAUGGACAACGUGACUGUGCGGCAAGGGGAGAGUGCCACGCUCAGGUGCUCCGUGGAUAACCGAGUCACCCGAGUGGCCUGGCUGAACCGCAGCAGCAUCCUCUAUGCCGGCAAUGACAAGUGGUGCUUGGACCCUCGGGUGGUGCUCCUGGCCAACACCAAAACCCAGUACAGUAUCCAGAUCCAAGACGUGGACGUGUACGAUGAGGGCCCCUACACCUGCUCUGUGCAGACAGACAAUCACCCCAAGACAUCGCGUGUCCAUCUCAUCGUGCAAGUGUCUCCGAAAAUCACCGAGAUCUCUUCUGACAUCUCCAUCAACGAGGGCGGCAACGUCAGCCUCACCUGCAUAGCCACGGGCAGGCCAGAUCCGACAAUCACCUGGAGACACAUCUCGCCCAAAGCCGUGGGCUUCAUCAGCGAGGACGAGUACCUGGAGAUCACGGGCAUCACGCGGGAGCAGUCGGGCGAGUACGAGUGCAGCGCUUCCAACGACGUGGCGGCGCCCGUCGUCCAGCGAGUCAAAGUCACCGUCAACUACCCGCCGUACAUCUCGGACGCCAAGAGCACCGGGGUGCCGGUGGGGCAGAAGGGCAUCCUGCUGUGCGAAGCCUCCGCCGUCCCCUCGGCCGACUUCCAGUGGUACAAAGAUGACAAGCGGCUGGCUGAAGGACAGAAAGGCCUGAAAGUGGAGAACAAAGCCUUCUUCUCCAGGCUGACUUUCUUCAACGUCUCCGAGCAGGACUACGGCAACUACACCUGUGUCGCCUCCAACCAGCUAGGGAACACCAACGCCAGCAUGAUCCUCUACGAAGAGACAACUACCGCUCUGACACCCUGGAAAGGCCCCGGAGCAGUGCACGACGGGAACAACGGCGCCUGGCGGCGAGGCGGCUGCGCGUGGCUGCUGGCCCUCCCGCUCGCCCAGCUCGCCCGCCAGUUUUGACCCAAGAGCCGGCCCGCAGAGUAGCGGCGGCGACGACUACGGCCAGCGAGCGCAAGCAGAAAGGAGAGAAAGAAGAAGUGUUCACCGUUUCCGAAAAUAAUCAUAAGAAUUGAGAGAGUAUCCGGCCAGGCCACCUGGGGGAGGGGGAGAGUGGAAAAUCACGCAAAAAAAAAAAAAAAAAAAAAAAACCAAAACAAAAAAAACAAAA